GGAACUGGCCCUGCGUCUGUGUAGUGGCGGCUGCGGCAGCGGUGCUCAGAGAGAAAUCGCUGACAUCGAUAUGCUGGUGGUUUCAUCGGGGCAGCCAUCAGCGGCUGCUGCAGAAGCGGCCAGCGACGUGGACUUCAUGCUGAACGUUCUGCACUGGACAGGGCUGAUGCGCCACCCUCACGCUGGUCCCUGGUCAUGCCGCGUCCACUACCUGGUCAACGCGUUCUCCACGGUGGCCUUCCUGCUGUUCAUCUGCUCCCAGUUUGUCCUCCUUUGGCGGAACGGAACGACAGAUCUCGAGGUUUUUACUCUCACGGUGUGCAUCCUCAUCACGUCAUGUUCCUGGAUGAUCCGCCUCAGGCACUUAGCAGCAUGGGAGGUUGAGUUCCAAAGGCUUGCUAUGGAGAUGCGCUUCGGCUUUGAUGAGUUCCUGAGGGCCGACGAGUUGCGGCUCCUGCACCUCAGAAGCCGCUCGCACCGCCGCUUCGUGUCGGCCUAUCUGUGUUCGGGCCUGUUUACCUCAGCGGCGUUUGUCUCCAUUCCCGUCAGCGCUGAAGGGUUUCCAUUCGUAAUGGCGCUGCCGUAUGACGCAUGUCAGCCGUUCGCCUUCGCCGCCACGUGGUUGUACACUGCCUACCUCGUCUUCUAUGUGGUUACAGCCAACAGGGCUGCCGACUCCUUCAACAUCAGCCUGAUCGUUCAACUGCGCAACCAACUCUAUCUGUUGAGCAGAAAGCUUUGCAACCUAAACGACUGCAUCUCACACACGAAAUCGUCUUCGACCAAAGAAACACAGCGCUCAGAAGAUGUAAGCCAAGACGUUUACUAUCAGCUUCGAAAGUGCAUCCUUCAUCAUCAGUCAAUCAUAAGGAAUGUUGAGGUACUGGAGCAGUGUUUAGGCAGGAUGUUACUGGGACAAUGCCUCGCCAAUGGGACAUCAAUCUGCUUACUUCUGUUUCAGGCUGCAAAGAGGGCUAAGGGUGUGCGAGAACUUGGUAAAACAAGCAGCUACCUGCUCAACACACUUUUUGACCUCUUCGUAUACUGCUGGUUCGGGGACGACCUCAUUUCGGAGAGCGAAAACGUGGCUUCGUCGGCCUACGGCGCAGUGCCGUCAGUGCAGGAAUGCUCCACGGGCAUCAAACGGUCGCUGCUGCUUCUGAUGCUCCGAGCCCAGAGGCCGCUACGCAUCACUGCCGGUGGAUUCUUUGCCCUCUGCAGGGAGUCCUUCGUGUCGGUUUUGAAUGUCUCAUAUUCAUUCUUCACCAUUCUUCGUAAUUUCAAGGAUGAUUAGAAGUGCCUACUUCUGGUUGCGUUGCCUCUCCCGACGGAAUUAACUACUUGUCUCGCUCUAGGAUUACAAUGAAUCA